UUCGUAAACCAGAAAUCAGUAUACCCACUCCUACAAAAAAAAAAUCAUACAAACAAGCUCUCCUACAGAAUUCAUCUACAAUUUCCAAAAAAACAGAAAGACAGAUUAAUCUUUCUGAUAACACGAGAUCACCUACGCUACGUUCUUGGAACCAAACAAAUCUUAAUAACUCUCACAAUACUCACACUGACAAUUCAUUAAACUCAAUCUCAUCUAUUUAUAAAAUUCUUAACACUCUCACCACUCAAACACCAAGUUCAAAAACUUCUACUCAUACACAAUUUGAUGAUUCAACUGCCUCACAUAAUCACAACGACAACAUCAAUGACUUGUUUAUGCA